CACCAGCUCACGCCCCCACAUGUCUUCUCAUCUCGAUCUCGAUCAUUCGACCGUAACGGGUAUCUUCGACGGUGGAGAUUGGGCAACGAAUCGGGCGCACACCUCGUUGACUGGUCAUCAGACCUCAUCACGCUGCAUCCUCAUGUCCACAGACGCUCAACGAUGAGAGAUGAUUCGACGAGCUAUACUUGAGCUUCCAGCUGCUUUCGGUCGCGAACAGACGCUCGAGGGGAGAUAUAAGACUGCGACAGAUCUCCCUCUCGAACUCAGCUACUUGCUUUCUCAAUAACCAACUGUACUUCGACUCUCGAACUUCAGUAUGCCAGGAAACGAAGAUAAAGCCAUCAGGCUCUUAUCUAUUGACGGCGGCGGCGGCGUCCGCGGGGUGUCUCCGCUCCUCAUUAUCCGCGAGAUGAUGAAACGCAUUCAACACCAGGAGGGCCUCACCUCGAUGCCUGCUCCUCACGAGUACUUCGAUAUGAUCGGCGGAUCUGGCACAGGCGGGCUUGCCGCGAUCAUGCUUGGCCGCCUCCGCAUGCCCAUCGACGAAGCUAUCAAGGCAUACGACGCCUUCGUCAAGCGCGUCUACAUCGACGGACGCAAGCGUCUUGGUGACGAGACCUUCAAGGCCAGCGUCCUCGUUGAGGUCGUCAAGGACAUUGUCGGGGCUCAGCUCGGGCAGAAGGACGCCCGCAUGCUCGACGACAAUGCUGCAUGCAAAGUUGUUGCUGUUGAUUGCGAGAGAGUGGCAGAGGAGCUUGAGGUCCAUUUUGGCCGUCACCCGGGGUUGUACUUCCGAUUCAAUGUGGGGCAGGGGAUGCAGGGUGUAUCAUGGGAUGCAUGGGACAUGCAGAGAGCAGUGAAUGCCCACACUGCCCAUUACCUGCAGAUGGCAGAGGUGAAUUCGAGGAUGGAUGUGUGUCUCAAUGUGUUGUGCAGUGGUAAAGGACAGGUGUUGGUGUCACUGGUAGAUCAUUUGCCUGCUCCAGUGCAGAGUCAGGUUGAGGUGUCGAGGUUAUUGCCACCACCUCCUUCAGCCACAUUCACUGGCAGAGAGGAUAUUCUGAGUCAGAUGAGAGCAUAUUUCUCCACUGAAAUUGAUGGCACUAUGAAGCAAAUUGAGGCUGUCAGCCUUCUAUGCAAAGUCAGCAUGGCCUCUGAAAACAAUGGUAUGAUGCUAGAACUUGCUGAAAAAUUGGGCUACUUCCCUCUUGCAAUUGCUCAAGCUGGAGCUUAUAUUCUGUCGACCAAUUGUGGCAUAAGCAAGUACAUAGAGCUGUUUGACAGAUACAAAAGAAUCAUCCCAGGCGAGCUGCCAGCACAAUGGCCACAUGACUACCCAUUUGGAGCAUAUGCCACAUGGGAAAUCAGUUUCACCAAGCUGAGCCCAGAUUCCCAGACAUUUCUUGAAUACUGUGGCUUUUUCUACCAUAGUGAUAUCACAGAGUGGUUAUUUGAGGCAGCUUUUAAUGCUGAGGGCUGGAACAACAACAAUGAAGUUACCCUGCUGCAGAUGUUUUUAGAUGAUAACCAAAGAUGGGACUCAUUGAAGUUUAAUGUGGCUUAUACACUAUUCAUCCUCUCAUUCACCAAUGGGCACAUGAUAAAGCAGUGA